CUCCGAAGAGUCAGAACCAGAGGUGGACGCAACACCUGAGGUACCACCUGGCAACAUUAACGACAGUACUAAAAAUAGCACAGGAAAAGGUGGAAUAGGAAUAUCUACUAGUUCGGGUGCAGGCGAAGUUGCAGGUGGCAAUGCGAAGAGGGUAGUGAAUGGUGGAGUAGUUGCGAAGAAAAAUCAGAAAUCUUCAACUGCUGCUGCGGCGAGUGUGGCGAGUGUGCCGUCGACGUCAAUCCGUGGGGCACCACCGAAGAUCACGGCCUUUCUAGCGCAACAUCCUCCCAAUAGAGAAAAGGAAAAUGAUAGCCAGAACACGCGAACGAACGAGUCACAGUCUAAAGAAACAACGAGUAAAAAUCCGAAACCAACUUCUGCGCAAAAUGAAGCUGCACUAAAAACUUCUAGUAGUUUUUAUAGCAAAACUAACAAGUCGAGUACUGGCAGAUUCGUUUCUAUGGCUUCAGCUACGACACACGCAGGACUGAGUCUAUCACGAGAUCACUCCUUACUGCAAAACUGUGGUUUACCGCGACACAUGAAAUAUGAAGAAUCAGCAGUCCUGUGGAUGCAAAAAUUACUGUUAUGAGACUGAAUCGUACUACUGUUAGAUCUGCAUGGAUAGUACUCUUUUCGGGUUGCACAUGAAAUAACAGACUUUUUUAAGUGACUUUGACUUGCAUUGCAACAGUUAAGUACGUUUUUUUUCUUGGACCCCUUACUCUGACAUACCUUUCACUGCUACUCCUGUCCUCUCGACUUCCCCUCUCCUUCAUCCUCUCGCGACAAAAUGGUCGACGUCUGGGCACAAGUCUAUGGUGAGCGCGCUCGUGAACGAUUUACAGUGUGGAAUCAGUUCACUUCGGAUCGAACGGAGAGCAAUAACGGAUCCCGAAUCGAUUUCAUAUUGCUGUCGAAGCCGCUGUGGGAAUUGUAUUGCCGUACUAGUAGUUUUAAUCAGGAGCACGUGCAGACGACGGAUGGUACUAGUGCUGGUAGUUCAGCGGAACCUACAGAUCUUAAACCACCUGCUUCAACAGACAAAGCGUGGACACCACCUCCAGGAAGCAUAGUGCGCAAGCUAGGCUACAUCGAGCAAUCUGAAGUUGGCAACUUAGCCUCUUCUGGUCCACCUGGGGACACUGCUCCAUCGUCAUGGCCCAUGCCGAUACCUCUGGCAGGUAGUUUUGAUCCAGUGAGAAAACAAAUGCCCAGCACUGCAUCUUCCUCUUCUGCUCCUCCCCUACCACGUUUCGUCUCCCCAGAACUAGCUUCUCGUAAUGCCGCAACAUGCUACGGCGGUUGGAUCAACAACAAUCGCUUUGGGUCAGCUGGAGGCGGCUUCUUGAUGCAAAAAGACAGCCUGAAAGACGAUCUAAGACUAAACAACUUCCAGUUUGCGCACUCUGAGAAAUCCUGCAAGCUACUGAAAGCGCCACUGCACUAUCACUGGUCGAAUAGCUUGCGUUUGGUUGGAGAAGUUUCUUCUUCUUCAGAGUGUCCUCAACAAAGCUCGUCCCCAGAUGUUCAUACUUCUUCACCUUUCGAAGAUAAAGACGUAGCUACGAAUCAUAUUUCUUCACCGUUAGAAGACAUAGAAGCAGAGCAUAUUAAACAUCAAGACACUUCUUCUGUUCAAAAAAGACACAUAGCCAAUAUGAUUUACACGCCUCCAAGUUACAGUGACCAUAUUAUGCUAAGCUUAUUUCUUCCAGAUGAAAUUUUAGCAGCUCUACCUGUGACUCCAGCUGGCAUCCCACCUGCUCAGACUCAGGCAACAGCACCAUGGCGCUACAAGACACGCACACUUCUAUCGUUUAUGGGAUCUUCCUCCUCUAAGCCUCUGCAAGAGCCACCUCUGAAAAAACUGAAAUUGAAGUGAGACGUAAUAUUAUAUAUAUUCGAGAUGAUCAUGUGUUUCCUGGUAUUAAUGCUGUGGCGUCCAAUGAUGAGGAGAUGACCCACUUUCCGCUUCUUGCGCGCUAUUUUUCAAAGUUGUAC